AUGGUUGAAAGUUUAAUGUAUGCAUUGCAAAGAUUGUCCUUUUUGUCGUUGUCCCAAACACAUACUUUUCAAAGUGCGAUGCAACUUUUCAUUGGCCUUCUGGAUAAAGUAAUGUUGAGGCCUUCUUAUGGGACUUCCAUUGUUGGAAGAAGAGAAGAGUGUGAAGGUUGGGACUUAAUGGCUAAGAGUUAA